UUUGAACCCAUGCCAAAAUGCUCUCUUUAUCACUCGAAACCCUCCUUUUCAACUCCGUCAUCAGGAGCUUCUCCUCAAUCAAAAACCCAAGUAAGUCUUUUCAUUGUUUCUUUUCUGUUCUUAGUUCAAUUCCAUCAAACAAAUGUGUGGACUCUGAACUUGAAAAUAAAUAUGAGUCUGAGAAACCAAUAUUUGAUCAUAUCGUUAAGUCUGGUCCAAAACUGGGUUCUUAUAAGCAAGGUGAUUCAACCUUUUAUUCACUCAUUGAAAACUAUGCGAAUUGGGAUCUUAGGGCUUUAGAGAGGGUUUUGUAUCAAAUGAGAUGCGAAAAGAGAGUGGUUUGGGAGAAGAGUUUUAUUCUGAUAUUUAAGGCUUAUGGUGAAGCACAUUUGGUGGAUGAAGUUGUUGAUUUAUUUUAUAGAAUGGUUGAUGAAUUUCAGUGUAAAAGAACCGUUAGGUCGUUUAAUUCAGUUCUUAAUGUGAUGGUACUAGAGGGCUUUUAUUCUCACGCUUUAGAGUUUUAUAAUUGUGUUGUUAAUGAUAAAAGCAUGAAUUUUUCGCCUAAUGUAGUGAGUUUUAAUUUGGUUAUCAAGAAUAAGUGUAAAUUGGGAUUGGUUGAUAAAGCAAUUGAGUUGUUUAGAGAUAUGCCGGUUAAGAAAUGUGUACCAGAUGUGUAUACUUAUUGUACAUUUAUGGAUGGGUUGUGCAAGGAAAACAGAACUGAAGAGGCUGUUUUGCUAUUGGAUGAGAUGCAAAUUGAGGGUUGCUUCCCUAGUCCUGUUACGUUCAAUUUUUUGAUUAAUGGGCUGUGCAAGAAGGCUGACUUUCAUGGUUUGUGUCUUAAGGGGAAGAUGGAUAAGGCAAUUAGUCUUUUGGAUCGGAUGGUGUCAAAUGAAUGUGUGCUUAACGAAAUUACAUAUGGGACAAUAAUUCAUGGGUUAGGGAAGCAAGGGAGAGACAUUGAUGGUGUUCAUAUGUUGGUUUCUAUGGAGGAAAGACAGUUUCGCCUGAAUGAGUAUAUUUAUUCGAGUCUUAUUAGUGGAUUGUUUAAGGAGGGGAAGUCUGAGGAUGCAAUGAACCUGUAGAAGGAAAUGAUCGAAAAAGGCUGUAAGCCUAAUAGUGUUGUUUACAGUGCUCUUAUAGAUGGAUUAUGCCGAGUGGGCAAACCAGAUGGAGCUGAGGAAUUUCUUUUUGAAAUGACGAAUAAGGCUUGCUUUCCGAAUGCUUUUACUUAUAGCUCCUUGAUGAAAGGUUUCUUUGAGAGUGGUAAAAGUGCUAAGGCUAUUCAAAUUUGGAAUGAGAUGGCAAAGAAUAACGUUAUAUGCGAUGCGGUUUGUUAUACUGUGCUUAUUAAUGGACUUUGUAGGGACGGGAAACUCAGUGAGGUUAACAUGGUGUGGACACAAAUGCUUUUCAGAGGCUGUAAACCUAAUGACGUGGCUUACAGUUCAAUGAUUCAUGGCCUAUGCAAUGCUGACUCAUUGGAAGAAGCUUUGAAACUUUUCAAUGUGAUGAUUUGCCAGGUGCCGGAAUCUCAACCUGAUGUUGUCACUUAUAACAUCCUAUUUAAUGCUCUGUGCAAGCAAAAUAACAUCUCUGGUGCCAUUGAUCUUUUAAAUAGUAUGGUGGACUGGGGCUGUGACCUUGACGUAUAUACAUGCGACAUCUUCUUGACAGCUUUGAAAGAGUUAGAUGCACCUGAGGAUGGGAGAGAGUUUUUAGAUGAGCUUGUAGUCCGGCUCUUUAAGAGAAAAAGAAAUUUAGGUGCUUACAAGAUUGUAGAAGUGAUGCUGCAAAAAUUUUUGUCUCCAAAAGCCUCCACUUGGGAAAAAAUUGUUCAAGACUUUUGCAAGCCUAAAAUUCUUCAUGCAGCUCUUGACAAAUGUUGGAGAAGCUUGUAUAGCUGA